GAAAUGAGAUCAUCAUUUUUCAGGAAAUGAAUUAAAACAACUUUUGUCGGUAUAAUGUUAACGUAAACAAAAAAUGGACGGUUUAAUAGUGCAUUAUGAACGCAAUAUGGAUGUUAUCGUAUAGCGAGAAAUUGAGCGGUGUUGAUCACUGCAACUGGCAACACUGGCCACUCUAGAAAUGGCGAGCCACAGCAACAACGCAUCUGCUGUCGUGAUGCUUGGCGGUUAUAUGCUGAUGUUAUUGCUAUGCAAGCGAAGAAAGCAACGAGCGCGCAAAGCACGGCGACCGAGAAGCACCUGGGUCCGAAACAUGUGCAGACAUCGCAAGUUCGGCCACUCAUCUUUGCUGAUUCCUUUGCUGCGCCGCUCCGACCCUGAAUACUACUUCGACUACAUGAGGAUGUUUCCGGCGACGUUCGAGAAGUUGCUGUGUUUGGUUAGAAGUGGGAUCGAGCGACUGGACACCAACUGGAGAAUAGCCAUCCCGGCGCGGACACGACUCGAAAUAACGCUUAGGUUUCUUGCAAGUGGUGACACUCAGCGCUCGUUGUCAUUUUCAUAUAUGAUUGGAAGAUCGACUGUUUCCGAUAUUAUUUCAGAAACCACGCAAGUGAUUUGGGAAACCCUGAAAAAGAGAUACGUUAAGUGCCCUACGAAACCCGAGGAGUGGCGCGAUAUUGCUAGAGGUUUUGAGCAGCGGUGGAAUUUUCCUAACUGAGUCGGUAAGUGGUGCAAGAAAACUUUUUUACUAAGCAGAAAUGAGAAUUUCGAUACAAACACUUCUGUAGGGCUGUGUGGAGCACUGUAUCAAUGCAAGUUGCAGGCUGGAAAUGUACUGUGUGACUGCCUAAAAACACUUAUUUCACAUUUAAAAUGUUUUGUAACUACCUUAGCAUACGGAAACACAUCAAUAAGUGUAGUGAGCGAUAUGAAAGUACAGUAUCUAAAUCGUAGAUGUUUAUCGUAAAAAGGAAUAUCUGUUAUGAUGCCUCCUGUGUGCAUGCUGCCGUUCCCUCUGUUAAAAUCAAUGAAACUUAGUUCUCACUUUUUUUU